UGUGCGGUUGUCUGACGCGGGUGGUUAUAGUGAGGGAUACUGGUGUCCUCGGGCUGAGUGAAACCGGUGGUUCUGCGUGUGAUGAGCUCGUGACUGGGUGUUUUUUCUAGGCUGAGCUGCGAGGAAAAUCUUUCACCAUGAGCUGCUCCGGAUUCACCUGCUCCAAAAACUGCCUGUGCGCCAUCAACCUGCUGUAUGUGAUGGUGAGCAUGUUAAUGAUAGGCAUUGCUGCCUGGGGGAAGUGGUUCGGCCUGGUCUCCAGCUUUCAGGUGGUGGGGGGCAUCAUCGGAGUGGGGGUCUUCCUCUUCUUCGUUGCUUUGGCUGGACUCACCGGUGCCAUCAAGCACCACCAGGUUCUCCUCUUCUUUUACAUGAUUAUCCUGUUUCUAGUGUUUGUGGUCCAGUUUGCAGUGUCCAGUGCUUGCUUGGCCAUCAACAAGGAGCAGCAGAAUCAGCUGUUGGAGGUGGGCUGGAAUAACUCCCAGACCACUCAGAGGGACGUGGAGAAAAGCCUCAACUGCUGUGGAUUCUCUCACGUGGACGUGAAUGGAACCUGUCCUGCUGCCUGCUUCCUCUCUCACACCAAAUGUGACACCUGUGCAGCCAAGAUCCAGGAGCAUGCUGGGGAGGUGCUGCGCUUCGUAGGAGGAAUCAGCUUGUUCUUCAGCUUUACUGAGAUCCUGGGGGUGUGGUUAACAUACAGGUACAGAAACCAAAAAGAUCCACGGGCCAAUCCCAGUGCCUUCCUGUAGUCAGCAACACGGCUGUCGCAGUGACUCCUUGGGCACGUGUCUACUCGCUGGAUUUCUUCCUGGAGCUCUGUACGGCACAGGGAGUGUGUGUGUGCUUUCUCUGAAGUGGAGAUCACUGCUAGUUUUCUGCUGCUGUGUGUACUGAUCAUAUUCAAGGUUGCAGUGUUGUGAAGCAAAAAAAACCCCUGUAUAUUAUUUUCAAUAGAAGACGGAUUGGACGGAAAGUACUUUUACACCACGGAACCAACACUUUUUACCUUAUAUGCAGUAAACACUACCAGACAUUUAUGGGCUACAAGAAAUAUUGACCUUCAGGCUAAAACCAUGAAUUUUACACUGGAUGGGACAAAAAAAUCACUGAGCAAAUGGGCUACUUUAAAGGCACAAGUAUGUGCCUGCAUGUCACUGUUUAUACUGUAUUCAGAUUGGUUGAAUACUGUUUUUAAUUCCUGAUUUCUAGGUAGUUAGAUUUCUUUAUGAUAAAGUACAUUUCUAAAACCACAUGAAUGCAGGCCUCUAUGUGUACAUGCACGCAAUCAGUCACUCAGAGGCUACUGAUCAUAAAUGCAAUAAAUUCAUCAUUGUGAUUGUC